AUGAGAUUUUUCAUCAUCCUUCUCUUGGCUCUUUUGGCAGUCACUGCUCUUGGUAAGUCAAAAAUCAAUGUCAAAUGUAAAAUAGCUGUUAAAUGACAUUUCAAAUAUAAAAAAAAGUUUAUAAAUCAACAAAAACAACGGAGUAAAAGUCUUAUAACCUUCGACUUCAGGUGCUGCCCAUAACGGUAAGAAGCCAGUCCACAAGAAGCCAGCACACCAUCCUCCAGCGCACAAAGCUCCAGCCCACAAAGCUACAGCUCAUAAAGCCCCAGCCAAAGUCGGUACCAAAGCUCCAUCUGGAACUGGUGCCACUUCAGCUGCCAAGACUACUGGUGUUGCUGCCGCCGCUACUACCGUCAAGGCUUCUUAA